AUGUAUCGCUUGAUCUAUAUUGUUAUUCUCAUCUUGUUUAGUUUUUCGAUUCGGUUUCAAAUCGAGGGGAAAGUAAAUGAUGAUUUCAGUAUUGAUCUCAUACAUAGCGAUUCAUUGCUUUCUCAACGUUCUCGUAACCAAGCCAAAUUCUUCAACUCAUCUAUGGAUGACGAUGAUAAAAGUUUCGUGACAUCGCUUGGUCCACGUGGAGGUACGUACCUAAUGAAAUUUUAUAUUGGCACUCCAUCAGUUAAAGUUCUUGCCAUUCCAGACACAGGAAAUGAAAAGGAGAUCGGAGAUUCAAACCGUUGCAUCUAUAAUCAGACUUAUGGAGACAAAUCAUAUUCAAUUGGUGUCCUAAGCAAUGAGACGUUCUACUUAAAAUCCAAUGCCAACAUAAAAGUUCCUUUCUCCGAAUUGGUGUUUGGAUGUGGUCACGACAAUCACUUGCAGUCAACUAAUCCUCUUAUUCAAGGUAUAGUUGGUCUUGGAGUAGGACCAUUGUCGUUAGUUUCUCAAAUAGGAUCCGAUCAGUUCUCUUAUUGCCUACUUCCUGUAACGUCAAAAGCUUCUAAUAAACUUAAAUUUGGCGUGGGUGCAAAAAUACCUCCUACGAAUAAAUUACUUUCAACCCAAUUUACACUUGAAAAUCAUCAUUCGCACUAUUGUCUUACUCUUGAAAGUAUUAGCAUUGGAAAUGAGAAAGUCAGAACGGAGCAAAGCCAAGGUAACAUCAUUAUAGAUUCUGGGACAACGCUUACUAGGUUGGAUUCAAGCAUGUACGAAAAACUAACAGCUAAGCUUAUUGAAGUGACCGGUAAGAUGCCAAUCGAAGAUCCACCAGAACCACUAACAUUUUGCUAUGAAGCAAACUCUAUUAGUAUUAAUGACCUCCCAGAAAUGACUUUCGGCUUUAGUGGUGGAGACCUUGCGCUAAAGCUUAUAAACACAUAUUACGAAUAUCUUCGUAAAAUGAUUUGCUUGACGAUAGUCCCAACAACUCAUGAGCAGAUUUUUGGUAGCAUGGCGCAGAUAAAUUUUCAGGUGGAGUAUGACGUUCAACAUAAGCGAAUCUCUUUUGGUUCAGCAGAUUGUACCUAA